AGGGCACAUUAAACAUGAUAAACAUUAGUGGUAUUGAUUGAACAUAAAGUCAAAAGAGGAUUUAUUUUUAUGCGAAAGAACGUUAUUUAUAAACAGAUUGGAUUGACUCGAAAGUUUGUAGCAGUCUAUUAUAAUACAUGAUUGAUCAUUCUCAAAAUUAAUUUAACUAUUAAACAUUGUCCUUCAAUGAGUAUUGUACACCUGUGGAAUAUUCGGAUAAAAUUUUUAUAAGACACACGCACGCACACUUAAAAUUAUAUGAAUAUUUAUAAUUAUCAAGGUUGUCUACAAACACUCACGAAUAUUUUAUCAAAGAUGGAUAUAAAGAUGGAUGAUUACACAUUUACAUCGCCAUCAUAUCAGCAAGUUAUAUAUUUUUGCAAAAACGUAAACAAGUUAAGAAGAAACGACUUUGGAUAUAUUGCGACCUCAUCUAGAGAAAAGAAAUUGGAGAGCAUUAUCAGCAGAACAACGACUUUUUAUUAUGCUUAGAUUCCUUGCAACAGGAGAUCAAGUAGCUUCGAUUGCAUUUGCACAUCGAAUAAGUGAAUCCACUGUAUAUAAUAUUAUUAAAGAAACAUACAGAGUGACAAUACGAGUUUUAAAUCCCAUCUAUUUAAAGCCACCUAAAGAAGAAGACUGGAAGAAAAUAGCUGCUGGAUUUUGGAAUCAUUGGAAUUUUCCCAACUGCAUUGGCGCGAUUGACGACAAGCAUUUUGUUAUCAAAGCACCUCCAAAUUCUGGUAGCUUAUAUUUUAAUUACAAAAAAAGCUAUAGUAUUGUAUUAUUAGCUGUAUGUGAUUAUCAAUAUAAAUUUACUAUAGUAGACUGUGGUGCUGCAUAUGGUAGCGCAAGUGAUGGUGGAAUAUUUGCACAGUCAGAAUUUGGAAAGUGUUUAAACAGUAACGAUCUUAAUAUACCCGUAGAAAAUUGUAAGUUACUUUUAUCAGAUAUAGAAAUGCCUUAUUACUUUGUGGCUGAUGAGGCAUUUCCUCUAUCAAAACAAAUAAUGCGACCUUACCCUGGACAGUGUUUGAAUAAAAAAAAGUCUAUUUUUAAUUAUUGGUUAUCAAGAGCUAGACGCAUUAUUGAGAAUACUUUUGGUAUUCUGGUCUCAAGAUGGAGAAUUUUUAGAAGGAGUAUAUGUUUAAAACCAGAUCAUACACUGAAGACAACACAGGACGUUAUACAGAGUGCAUGGAGAUUUAUCUGA